AUGGAGUACUUGAACACUUACCUCGCGGUAUUUCUCCUGUUUCUUUCGAAAGUUUUAGCUGAAGGCGAAACAAAAGGAUACCUUCGUAGAGAGCAUUCCGUUUUAAAAGGUGAGUUUGACGUGGCGUUGGUUAAUGGUGCUCCAAAUCCUUCAUUGGAAUGUGACUUUUACACUCUCAAGGAAACUUUCGUGAAAGAUUUGAUGAGUUCGCGUUUCUCGAUUCUUUUUCCUGACGAUGUAAACUUCGUUCUCUAAGAGUUCGAUCUUUUUCAUAUGAAGAAUUUUUUCUUAAUUUGUUCGUUCCAAAGCCUAAUUUGACAUCCUCAGUUAAUGAAAAUGUAACGGGUUUCAAUAUAGUUAUUUUAAAAUCAGGAACUGCAAAUAUUCAAUCAGUGCCAAUGUCUCAUGUGACGUGCAUGUGAAGACCUCUCCACAGAUUUUUUUUUCAAGUUUCCUGCUUUCCUCCCAACUGAUUUUUGUACCUAUCCCUUCUAAAAGUUUUGUUACAGAAAGAUGAAUUGUAGGUCAUUUCUUUGUUCAUAAAUGAUUAAUUAUCCUUAAAGCGAACUUUAGAGUUUUCCUUUCUUACUUUAUAAGUUACUAUUAUGAUAACUACUACUAUUUCACCCAAGAGAAUCGUGCCACCAUACUAGAGAUUUUUCAGCGAAAAUAGAACUCAAAAUAUUUGUUUUUGUGUCGACAAUCCUCUAUGAUUUCUUAAAGUAUUUUAUUAAUUACCAUUCUUUUAUGAUAAUAUCAAUUUAAAAAUUGUACAUAUAUUUUAGAGCUCAUCUGUAAAAAGAUUGCAAUUACAUAACAGAAAAUAUACCUCAACCACGAUUCUUUGAGAGCAAGAGUUCUUUUGAUUUUCCCCCUAAAAAAAAAUUUUGAAUGCCCUUACAAUUUGAUCAUUCAGAUUAUGCAGCCAAAAACAAAUGUUUGUUUUUCAAAUUCCCAGUUAUAACAAAACAUGUUGGUUUACUUGUGGAAAAGGUAUUACAUUCAUUUUUUGAUGAUGAAAAUUGUUCUGCAAAAGUGUGGGAAGAGGGAGAGGGGGGAAGAGUUAUGGAAAGGGAACACUAUAAUGCAUCUGUUGAGUUUCUUUAAUUUUGAAAGAGCUCAUUACAGGCCAUGAAGAUGAGUGGCUAACAUCCCUUGUAUUAUUUUUCUCACUCCCAAGAUCUGAUUGUUAAUUCUCUCCUUUUAUUGAUAAACAUUUCCUUGUAAAUUAGUUUCGAUAAUUUGUUGUUAGAUCAGGAUUCUACAUGUACCUGAUAAGUGUGAGUAUUCUCAUUACCAUUUUGUUGGAUAGUGUAUGCAUAUUAUAGGGAGAAGUUACAUGUUCAUCACUUAAAAGGCUUAAAAUGGAUUGUAAAAAGGCUCUAACAUUUAUGGGAUCGGUAUCAAAAUUUCUUGAUCUCAGAAGACAUUCUGGUCAGUUGUUCAUGACUUGCAUGCAGAUGUUUUUAUUAGACAAAUUCAAAUAAACUGGUUUAUGGAAUGACAAGAAACUAAUUUAAUGACUAUGAUAAUAAUUUCUCCAGGGGCUGGUCCUUCUAUUCCUUAUUGGGAUUUCCUUGGAAGUACAUUUAUUUCCAGCAGCUACAUUAGAUUAACACCUGACCAUCAGAGUAAGAAAGGGGGUUUGUGGAAUAAUGUGGUAAGUUGAUAGAAUUUACUAUUACAGUACAUGUACUUGUGCUUAUAGUUUCAUUUCUGGUGAUAGCUAUAGUAAUUCACCAAGUGAUAAAAGCUUGAUUGAGUCAAAGCAUCCACAUUUAAGUUUUGUGUUCUGCAUUCUCCUUGUUAAAUCUGGCACAUUUUGUGGAAAUGGAAACCUGUUGAUCCCUUCUAACCCUCAUUAGCAAGAUUUGCCGAUUACUAUUACAUGGCUUUCCUAAAAUGUUAGUUAAAAUGAGUGUGAUUAAUUGUUUAUAGUGUUCCAAUACCCUCCAAAAAUUGUUAAAAACACCUCUAACUGGCUUGUGUUGAUAAAACUGAAUUAAUAAAAAUCUGAUAUAGUUUUGUAACUUGUGUUUCUUACCAGCCAUGUCAUGUCAAAGACUGGGAAAUGUUAAUUCAUUUUAAAGUACAUGGAGUUGGUGACACAUUAUUUGGAGAUGGAUUUGCAUUUUGGUAUUCCAAAGACAGGAUGCAAGAAGGUAUUGACUCAAUCUAUUGAAUUUUGUAAUUAAGUAUUAAUUUAUAUAAAUUAAAGUACAUGACAAGUACAGACAAACUCCCAAAGUCCUUCACUUUCAGCAAUUGUCUUAUCUGUCACCUUUGCUUUUCUUCUUCUCAGGUGAUGUAUUUGGUAGCAAGGAUUAUUUUUAUGGUCUUGGAGUAUUCUUUGACACCUACAGUAACCACAAUGGUGAACAUCAGGUGGGUGAACUUUUUCCUGUGAUCAGGUCAUUUUGGCAGCACUCUGUCUAUUGUGUUGUAAGACAUUUUGCACCCCUUUUGAUGAUCUCCACUUCCUGAUCUGUGAAUUAUGCAUAAUUUAUUGAAUAGCAUGAUCACCCUUACAUUUCUGUAAUGGUUGGAAAUGGAUCUCUUCACUACGAUCACGAUCGAGAUGGAACACAUAGUCAAGUGGCUGGCUGCUCAGUAAGUACAUGUACAUAGAGAAACCUCUAGCUUUGUUACUUUUUUUCUUGAUAUGGUUUGAAGCCAGUAGUAAUAUGUGAUUGUGUAGUCUGAUCAUCAUUGAGAAUAGUCCAGAAUAGAACUGUUGUCAGUUAUAGGUAAUGACAUUCCUACCUUGUUCCAGGCAGUAAGUUUAUGUAAACAGGCAAAAAAUUGGGGCAAGUAGGAAAAAGAAAAGGGGGAGGAGAACAGGUAGUUUAGUGGCAACAACUGAUUUGAAAACUUAAAUUGGUCACCGCAAAGAGUUUAAAGGCUGACAUUUUGAGCAUUAGCCCUUUGUCAGAGCAAGGAGGGAGGAGGUUUCACUUGCUUGUGUUUUCACCAUUUUCCACCAACUGUGAAUCUGGUAUGGGAUAGAUGUGUUGGUGAUUUAUGCAGAAGUCUAGAUCAGUUUAGUGAAAAAUAAGGGACACAUAAUUGUUAUUGUUUUAUGUUCAAAAUGGUACCAUCAUGCAAUAAAUUAAUGGGUUUAAAAAUAUGUGAGCUUCUUUGGAACUUAUGUAUCUAUGAUGAAGUUUAGGUUAUUAAAGUUUAUGUGUAUAACUUGUAUGUUGUGUAUCCUGUUUGUUACACUGAGGUAAAGCACUGAUAGAUUGGAGUGCCUAGUGUACCCACACUACAAUGUAUUUUUUCAUACUGCAGCAAAGUUUUCGUGGAAGAGGUCAUGAUACCUAUGCACUGAUCCGUUAUUCUGGAACACAGAAUCGUCUGACAGUAAGUUGACAAUUAUGUGACAAACCCUUGAUAAACCCUUUGGAUCAAUGUCAGUAUCCUUGCACACCUACCCUCCCCUCCCCUGACCCAACAUUAAGUUGUUAUCAGUUGACUUUUGUUGAGUCAGGGGAGGGGUAGGUGUGCAGUUUCUCAGAUAAUGACAUUGAUCCAACCACAAUUUGAUCUUGAAAGGUCAGACCCUAAUUCUCUUGAGAGGAGUGGGAGGGGGGGGGGGGCACUCACCCUAUGCUUUUUAGUUGGCCAUUUAUACUUAGGGUAUAUCCUUGGAUUGGAAUUUACAAAUUGCCCUUGAAGUCACAAUAUUAUGCAUUUGAACUAUUUCAAAGUAUGACAGUUAUUUUCCUGAGAGGUCCACAACAUGACUGACAGCAGCAUGAAGCCCAAUUUAUCUGAUGAAUGUGUAACUGCACUGUUGUCGUGCUAUCUAAUGGCAACAAUUAGAGCUGUAAGAAAAGGUCAGCUUUCAUCAGCAAGCUACACUGUCUUUUCAAAAGAUAGCCCCUUUAUGAUAAAGAAGCCAUCUUCUCAGUACUGUGCAAUGCUCAUUGGUAAAGGCAUUAGCGAGACCCUUAGGUUUUCUUACUUUGUAUCUCGCUGUAGUGAAGAAGUUGGAAUAAUUUGAGAAAGUUUCAAGGUUCUUGGAAACCCUCUUUGCAACUUAUUGGAUGGGUUGUCUAAGCUUUGACAACACCAAUUAAAAGAUUGAGAAAACUUAAAUCAAUAUCUCUAUCAUGUAGAAGAUCUGAUAAUUCACUUCUGAUUUUCUUUACUGAAAAACACUAGAGGGGACUCUAGAGGGAAUUUUAGAAUAUCUUGAUUAAUGAAUGUUCCGGUGGAAUGUGUCUCUUAAGCCUUCACCCUCCCCUCCCCCCCUUAAAAUUCCUCACGGCUUUAGCAGUUUCUACCCAUUUUGUCAACACAACCACAUUCUCAAAGACUUACUGACAAACCUUAGUAAUAAUCAACUAGCUACGAGGGCAAUUUUGAAUACAGUGAUUCUGUUGUAAUUGAAUGAAUAGAUACUGGUGGACGUAGAGAACAAGAACGAGUGGGAGGAUUGUUUAGAUGUAGGUGGUGUGAAGCUGCCAACAGGAUUGUAUUUUGGAACAACAGCAGCUACAGGACAACUUGCUGGUAUUUAUUGACAAUUACAUUUUAUCGUUGACGAAGCUAACUUAGGAGAAAAUGCAUUUUGCUGAACUGCAAUGAACCUAGAGUUUUUCUUUACUUACAAUGCGACUUGAAUAUCAAGCGUCUAUUUAGGGAGUCGCUUGUCUCAUAAUGAACACCUAUUCAACUCAGUGUUGGUGGCUAGUGGUAGGUAUUUACCGAACUGCGAAGUAGAUAGUAAAACCGCAGGGUAAUAUAGUACAAAAAAAUGAUUUUAGCUCAUUUAUUUCUGCAGUAGCUGAUUAGAGCGCGCCUUUAACGCUAUAAAAAGGUUUACCCAAUGAGCUUGAAGAUGAUUCACUCUCACGAAGGGCUAACGCUCGAACGUCAGCUUCAGAAACUCCUUUAGGUGCCCAAUUUCCGUGAUCAUCUAAGCUGAUAAAACCAAAUAAGCUUGAAGAUUGCCAGACUCAAAAUUGAUUUUUUUUCCCUUAGACAACCACGACAUCAUAUCCUUGAAGUUCUACGAAACUGAAAUGCCAGUGUCGUCUGAUUCUAAAGGGGCUGAUGAAGAUCGAACCAAAAUAGUUCCUUUUGCAUCUGGUGCCGAACAAUACAGAGGUAAGAAACACUUGAAAUUAAAAACUUGUAAAUGGAGAAUAUUUAGUUGUUAACGUGCGGGUGUUGACCUACUACAAACGUGGAAACAGAAUAAUCCUUAUUUUUCCUCUUUUUUGUUCUGUAUGACCAUUUUGUUGUUGAUUUUUACUUGAAUGUUUGUAUUAAUGGUUGCAAAUUACUACAAGCUAACGAGCACUAAAGGCCUGUCACCUUCGGCGUGGGCUCGUUUUACGCUUACCAUCGCGCGAGCGUCACGCGUGGCGCGAUUAUACUUCGAGAUUUAAUUCCUCUUUUCGUAGUUAUCUUUCUGUUGUCUCGCAUAAUUUUGAAACUCGCUUCUAAGAUAGCAUUUCAUUUCGUCAGUCACCGUGGCUGAUUGAGGCUAAAUAUGAACUAGAGACUGCUUAGACAGUUAUCAAGUCAAUACUCAUAGUGCGACUCUCUGUUGAUCCUUUUCUCUCCCUUACCCACUCAAGAACGCGUAGAGGACGUGCAAGGCAGUUUUUCAUCAAAGACUGUAAAGGUCUUCAGCUGGCUCUUCUGGUUUGCCCUUGUUGCCGUAUGUGUCGUUGGAGUCUCUAUUUACGUAUACCAGAAACGUCAAGAAGAUUCCAGGAAAAGAUUUUACUGAGUGACAAUGAACGCUGGUCGUAGAAGUAGGACACUUAACUCAAAAGUCAAAACAUUGUUCGUGCGGAGACUCAAUUUCUUGAUAAAGUAUGGAAUUUUGCCAAAGCCUUGAGGAGAAGAAAAGGAAAAGUGUGGUGUCUUAUAUGAGGUGCGACGGGUGUUUCACCAAUUGAUGGAUUAAAUAUUUUUAAAUAGCCCAAUUAACCCAAAGUGCCUCGACCAAAACGUUUCAUGAAUGGAAUCAGAGCGUUUGCAAUCGUGGAUCGAAGCCUGGGCAUUCAUAUUUUUCGCAGACCUUGUGAUUGGAGUCUCAACUUUGAGUGUGGAAAUUGAAAUGAUCGAUUAGAAAAAAAAGUAGUGAAUUUGGUACAGAAAAUGCACACUUAUCCUUGGAAAGGAAAUGUAUUUCCUGCGAUGGAAUCAAGAUGAUUUAUUUCAUAAACUUUUCCCAAUCUUGAAAACACAAAGAUGUUUAUUUAAACAAGUUUUAUCUAUAGGUCUGACAACCAUUAGUAGAAAAUUAGAAUUUUUCUCAUCGUCUGGGUGUAGAACGGAAGAAGUGAUAAUUUAGGGAAAUCGUCAAUAUUUGUACAUAAGUACUCGCUGUUUAGAAAUUAUAGCUUAAUCCGGACUGCACAAGUAGAUAAGUAGAGCAUAGUUUAAUUGAGUGUCGAAAGUUAUCUUUGUGUUGGUUUUGUUAUGUUUGCUCCAAAACUGGCGUGAGAAUCUCGUUUCACCCUCUCAAUCAAUCAGGUGCAAGACAGAAACCAAUCACGACUUAGGCGCUCACGAUUUCCCGCGCUUUAGGCAGUGUAAGUGAAAAUACCUCUGAUUGACUCUGUCUGGUAUUUUCCUUUUGGACUGGACCUUCUGAUUGCUUUGGCGUUAGUUUUUUUACACUCCUUAAAAACGUGCUCCAUUUUUUACUCGGUUUUCCGUUAGGCUAGAUACGGUAUCCACUCUUUUAGGGUUAGAUUAGUGUAAUGAGAACUUAAAGACAUUUCAGUCAGGAGCUUCUAGUUGUGUUCAAUAGCAUUCGUCAAACAAUCAAACCGCUUUGAAUCCGCUUGGGGUGGGGGGGUGUGGAGUGGUAUGGGAAGUAGGGCAAAUAACCAUCUCCUUAAUAAACCUAUGUUUGCUCUGCUUUCCCCUCCCCCCCGUCACGCAAACUAAGAGAUUUACCUAUUAAAUUACGUUCACGGGCGUAGCGUUUAGUAAAGCACAAAUUUAAGACUGGGCCAAAAUGAAGUUGGAGAAUGUUAGCUUUACACGGAUAAAAAUGGCUUUUUAAUGAAUUGUUAUUCCAUCUAGUUUUUUUGUAGUUACUGAAUGUCAAAUAUAUUGUUCCAUGUCCUUGUUAGAUUGGUGGAAUAAUAUUUUCUCUGAAAUUCACCAAUUCUCUAUCGUAG